CGGGCUGAGACCUAUUGGCCUAUAAAUUUGUACGCCACUCAAAGAGAUUUUAACAGUUCACAACGAGUUUGGUACACGGUCAGUUCGGUAUUAGCUGAUCUUCUAAUUUUCUACUCGCGUUACUCGGUUUGAAUACGAUACGGUCAGUCAUUAUAUAAUUGGGUGUGGAACGAUGAAAUUGUGCUUGAUACUUGCGGUUUGUGUCCUGGCGACACUGACGCCACCCACACAAGCCCUCUUGGGCGCCAAGUUGGCCCUACUGGGUUUGGGUAGAAAUCUAAUCGGCGGCGGUGAUGGUGGCAACGGUGGCGGCUAUGGCAGCGGCAACUAUAACGGUGGCUACUACGCACAGCAGAAUCGUCCCGUUUACAAUGGCGGUUACGGCGGCGGCUAUGGUGGCGGUUAUGGCUACGGACGUCAGUCAUACGCCGGCAACUACAAUUAUGGUGGCUACAGCAACGGUGGCGGUUACGGCGGUAGCAACGGUGGUGAAAAAGUUGUGCGUAUCAUCAAAGUCAUUGUGCCCAAUGAGAACGUCGUCACUACGUCGAACCAAGCCAGCGGUUACACAAGUGGGGGUUACUCAAGUGGUGGUUACUCAAGUGGUGGAUACUCUAGUGGCGGAUACUCAAGUGGUGGCGCCUCAAGCGGUGGUUACUCCACUGGUGGUUGGGUCCCAAUUCCGGCACCGACACGUACAGUAGUACAAGCCCCACCAGCACCAGUACCCGUCCAAACUACAUAUUACUCAGCGCCUGCACCACAACCUGUCGUACAAGUGGCUCCAGCUCCAGCUCCAGUACCGGCACCGGCACCUCAGCCCAUCCAGUAUACGACAAACGUUGCACAAACUUAUGAGUACAGACAAUCUGCGCCACAGCCCGCCCCAAUUCAAGUGCAAGCCCCGCCAGCUCCCGUGGCCGUGCCCGUACAACCCACCUACAUUUCAGCACCUGCACCACGUCCCGUCGUUCGCGUAGUCCCCGCACCGCAACCCGUGCAAGUCUAUCAACCACCCUCAGUUGUGCUGCAACCGCCUGCACCACAACCCAUUUCACUACCCGCUCAAACAUCGGAAAUCGUGAAAACAAUUAAGAUCGUCGUCGAUGAGGAUAAUAACGCCCAGCAAGGUGACUUUAAUGGUGUGCCAGCCCAAACCUAUGGUCCUCCACCACCACCACCGCAACCGCUGCCACAGCCCCUUUCACAGCCUGCGCCACAAGCCGGUUGGAGCAGCAGCAGUUCGUCGGAUGGUUGGAAUAAUGGCUACAAGAGCGGUGGCAUCUGGGAGAAGAUUGGUUGUUAGCCAAUUGGAAACUAUAACUUUUUAGUCAAAACCGUUAACAAUUUUAUUUUAUAUACCUUAGUCUUAUUUACUCAAUUUGUCUGUGUCAUACCAAACUGCCGUGUUCUUGAAGAUUGUUUGCUUACGAAUAAAGUUCGAUAUUCUUUUUGAAACUGCUUUUAAGAAA